AUGCGCGCGUGGACUCAUUUUGUUCAUUGUGUGAUUUUGCCGUCCGACUGUAUUUAUUUAUCCAUGAUUAAGACAGCUCAUAGCGUUUCCAAUCUACGCUCUAAUUUGGAAUUAAGUCCAUGUGUGAUUAAACGUACACAAAGUUCUCAUUUCGUGCAGAUACUUGACGAAUCUAUGUGUGUUGUUCGUGAAGAUCUUACGGAAUGGUUACAACAUUAUUUAUUUUCAACGGCUAACGCAUGUCCCAUAGAAGCACAUUAUCUACUUUGUCGUUUAGCAUCAGGUCUGUGGCUCUCUAGACUAGCUUAUAAAACUACAUUAUUCGAUUUUGGAAUCAGGUUAUCAGAUUGCAUUAAAAUCAAAAUCAACACAUAA